AUGCCGUUGGUGGACCGGAUGCGCAAGAAGCUGUCCACCUGGAGGGCAUCCCUGUUGUCUCGCGGUGAGCGGCUCGCCCUGGUUCGACAUGUGCUCUGCGCCAUGCCUGGGCAUCUGCUCGCGGCUAUCGCCCUCAACGCCCACGUGCUCAAACUGGUCAACCGCCUCAUCCGUGAAUUCUUGUGGCACAGCAGGAAAGAUUCCGCUUCUGGAUACUACGCAGUUAACUGGCGCCGCGUCUGCAUGCCGCUGCAGCUCGGCAUCCGUGACCUGCGCCGCACUGGAAUCUCCCUCCGCACUCGCUGGCUCUGGCUUCAGGCCACGAACCAGACGCGCCCCUGGAGCCAUCUUCCUCCCCCUGCCGACCCCGAGACGCAGGCCAUCUUCCGUGCUUCCACCCGGUGGGAACUUGGCGAUGGGCGCACUAGCAAGUUCUGGACCAACCAUUGGGUUCAUGGCCAGUGCAUCGCCGAGAUCGCGCCGGCCAUCUUUGCUAUGGUGCCCAAACGACGCCGCCAACGUCGCCUCGUGGCUGACGGACUCCGGGACCGGGCCUGGGUUCAGGACAUCGUUGGCGCCUUGGGCCCCCUGGCGACAGUUCAGUACAUUGAGCUAUGGAAGCGUCUACUUCCGUUAUCAACCUUCGGGCAUCCCGACAUUCUUCGGUGGCGAUGGACAGCAAAUGGCACAUACUCUGCAAAAACCUGCUACGAUGCUCUCUUCCUCGGCUCCACCUCAUCCCCGCAUGCCAAACUCACCUGGAAGACUUGGGCCCCUCUUAGCGUCAAGUUCUUCAUAUGGCUGGCCUUACAAGACCGGUGCUGGACAAACGAGAGACUCGCGCGCCACGGACUGCCGCACAGCCACGCCUGCGCAUUCUGUGAUCAGGCCAUUGAAUCCAUGCAACACCUCUUGAUCGGUUGCCCCUUCUCUCGCAUGGUGUGGCACGAUGUAUUCCCCAAGCUACGACUCACCAGCAGCAUUCCUCUCGGCCACGAGCCCUUCUUUGACUGGUGGCAGGCAUCCACGUCCUCUGCCCCAGCUUCUCUUCGUAAGGGCACGACCUCCCUUGUGAUUAUCGUCACCCGGACCCUCUGGAAGCAUAGAAAUUCCUGCACCUUCGACGGCAUCCGCCCAUCUGUGACCGAGGCCUCUCGCGCCGCUCUGGCCGAGGCUGCAAUGUGGGCCACGGCUGGCGCAAAAGGACUGCGCUCCUUUGUUUUUGAACCGCCUUGA